AUGAAGACCUCAACCCUCUUUACCCUCUUCGCUACCAUCAGCGUAGCUUUCACAGCCCCCUUCCCGGGGAAGCAGGGGGCUCGCGAGGGGAACUCUGUCAGCUUUGGCAGCCUGAACACCCUCAUCGCUGGCGUCAAAGCCUCCACUGAGACUCUGACCACGAGCAUCGGCGACCUGCGCACCGCCAAGGGUGACGCCCCCAAGAUCCAGUAUCUUGUGCCCAGGAUCAACGACUGUCUUGACGACAUAACCAACGCCCUCGCUGUCUUUGGUGGGUUCCCAAAGGGCCAGGGCUCUCACCCUGGCAAGGGAUCCAACAGCACCCACAAAUUUGAUCAUCGUGGCCCCGGGCAGCACAAUGGCAACCAGGGACGUUGGGGAUCUGUUGCAAUUGGCGAUCUUACCACGGGCUUGGAGCUGUCUUCCCAGCUGAUGGUGUCCAUAAGCGAAGCGUUGAACUCUGUCAGGAGUCUUGGGCCCGAUAUCAUUGGCUCCAAGAGCUGGGACGAGAUGUGCGACCGCGCUGACGGCGUCUUUGAAAGCCUCGGCCUUGACCUUGGGACACUCGCCGGUGAUUUCCUGGAUGCCGAUGGAGACAAACGUGGCAAGAGCAAAGGUGGUAUUCUCGGCAACCUUCUUGGGGGUGAAAAGGGCCUUCUCGGCGGGACCCUUCACUAA